AUUAACCUAUAAAACAAAUCAACUUCAAAUCAGAUCUUCAUUAAAAGAUAUCAAAAUCUAACAACAAAAAAAUAAUAAUAAAUAGCAAAAACAACAAUUAAAUGCAACCUUAGUAAAAUAAACAAGUAAUUUUCAACGUCCAUUUAAUUUAUGAUACAACAUCUCAAUCAAAACACACAAUUGUGGAAUGAAGCACCAAAUCAUUUCCAAUGUCCCUCUUCCUACAACCGUUCACCUCUCUAUAUAUUCCCAAACCACUCUAGCCCCGCCAAAAUUUUCAUUAUUGAAAAAAAGAACAAACUGAGCAUGGAUUCCUCGGAAAACGGCUCUACCUCACUAAAGCAGCGGCUAACUAUCGGCUUCUUUAUUUCAUUCAUGGCUCUAUGCGCCAAGCACGCCAGCCGAGUUUCUAAAAAGAUCAAGCCCAAGACUAAAGAAAACGGCUUAGCUUCUUCCGACUCUCCGAGAUUCUACGGGCCGAAAUCACCUCUAAAAUCUCCGAGGCCGAAGCGGCUUCUGAAAACGAUUAGCAACAAGGCGAUCACGCUGGUUCACCGGAAAAAGCUCGGGCAGGAAAACGGGAAAGAUGUGGAGGAGUUCGGGGAUGGCGGGGUAUGGCAAAGGGCGAUUCUGAUGGGAGAUAAAUGUCAGCCGUUGGAUUUUUCGGGUGUGAUUUAUUACGAUAGCAAGGGGAAUCAGCUGGAUCAAGUGCCUAUUCGCUCUCCACGUGCCAGUCCCCUGCCUGCCUACCUCGCUCAUGGAGGGCUCUGAUUAGGUCACCUCCCAACGUCGUUUAAAAGUAGAAAUGAAUCUGUUCUUCUCUUCUGGUGUAAAGUAAAUAAGGUGACAUGUGUUGCGUUUCUAUUGGUGGUUAUGAAUUGAGCUUGAGGGUUGUGGGUGACGAAAUCGUUUUCCUAAGGAAAUAACCUAGUGGCAAGUCUAUUGAUUUUUAUUUUCGAUCAAAUUUACUUAUUUAUUUUUUAUUUUAAAAAUUCAAACUUGAUUUUUGGAAACAUGAAACUAUCAUCAAAUUCAAUAUUCAGAUUUUUGAACAAAAUCUUUGAAAGGAUCAAUUUUUAGAUGUUUGAGGAACUUCAACUCCAUGAUAUUAUCAUCUUUUAAAAAAGGGAUAGGUGGACAAACAACGUUAUUGUCUGUGUUCAACAUGAGAAAAUCUUCAAACAUUCAAAAUCAAUCAAUUUUAUUCAAGUUUCUCAAGAUGACACGAUUUUAAAGGUUUUCCAACGAUGACCCAGCUUCAGCACAUCAGUAUCUUACUAUGGAAAGUUGAAAUUUGAAAGGCUACUAUUACAAAAGAAGUUUCA